AUGAAAAUUGCUAAGAAGAGAGUCCCUAAGUCGGCGGCGGUCUCUAUACAAGGAAUUAACCCCGGCUUCAAUUAUGCCGCGGCUCUGAGAAAGGGAGAGGUAUUGGAGAAAUUAGCCGAAACGAGUAGCUGUAGCAAAAAUGAAAUUAAACUGGGAAAUCCCAGUAAGACAUUUAGAGGUCUACAUUCCGUAUGGGCCCAGUGCCCAAUCGAGGCGGCAAUUAGGGCUGCCGAUAAGAGUAAGCUUGUUAUCGGCUGGACUGUGGCUAAGGUGAAAAUUUUGCGCCGCAGACCCGUUCGCUGCUUCAAGUGUUGGGAGAUAGAACACCUCCAGGCACACUGCAAGGCUAAUGUAGAUAGAAGUGGGGCAUGCUUUAAUUGUGGUUCCGCGGGACAUCGAGCGGCGACAUGCUCCCUUCCUGCGAAAUGUAUGGUGUGCCAGGACAAAGAAGAAGACCCGAAUCACAAGAUUGGUACGGUAAAUUGCGUGAAUAACAUAGAUCCCAACAAGGUAGAAGCCGCAAGAAGGACGGCGAGCACUGCUGCCGUCAACGGCUAA